AUGAUGACUGGGGGAGUCGUGGAAACUCUAUGCGUAACGGGUCGUACCUUCUCACCUCAGGUGGCGGCGACUCUCUGGACGCACGGCAUGGCACGGCGGCACUCGUCAAAUGUGUGGGUGCCGGCGGAAAUUAUUGACCGACUUGGUUUGAAAUUGUCAGGGACGAACCCUCCGGCUCCGGUCGGUGUCGAUGCCGCGAAUGGCCGGCGAUUUUUUUACAAUGCAUCGCAGUUGGAGUGCUCACAGGAGGAGUUGGUAGCGAUGACUAAAAGUUUGCUGGAGGCCCGGCGUGGCAUUGCGGAGGCCAUUAAUGGAGAUACGCAUCCGCUUAACACAAAUGGUGAACCCUUCCCACUGGAGUUCGCUCAGCAGGCACGACUGCGAACGAAAACAUAUGAGACAGCAGUGCAAAGUCGUUUUUGGGCGACAGAGUAUGAGGCGGCUUACAUCUUUCGUAGCCCGUUCAAACCAUCGUUCUUAACGCCCGAGAACGCAGUCACGGUUCGUGGUGGUGCGGUGUACCCCCGGCUUUGUUACUAUAACGUUUGUGGCACACGUGAUCCUAGCAUCUUCAGUCAUGAAACUUGUCGACGCUACCGCCCAGUUAAUUACUAUGGUCAACCGUAUCCUGCAGCAACUUCCGUACAGAUGAAAGCACUCUCCAUUCAAUAUGGUUGCAUGAAUGACACACUGUGGGUAUCGACCAGGCGUGCAGAGCGCGUAGGCGUUAAACUUCGCAGCGGUGUGAAACCAUUGCUGUUUUGUGUAGAGGAUAUGACUUCCCUCGUAAAUGUUGCGAUGACGGAGGAUCCGGAUCGUUUGAAGAGGGACAUCCUUUCAUUCACACAGCACGGCGCAGUGAGUGGGGUUGCGUCGGCAUUCACUCCAAAGAGUUUCUCACUACUCGCCUCGUAG